CAUUUUAUUCUUCUUCUUCUCCAACAGUCGGAUUUUAGAGUUUGACAGUGACUACAAAGGGAUCUGAAUUAGAGAUCAUGUCAGCUGUAGAAGACCAAUUAGAGAUAAAGUUCCGUUUAACGGAUGGAUCAGACAUAGGACCCAAAACCUUUCCUCCUGCAACAACAAUUGCAGCCUUGAAGCAAACCAUCCUUUCCCAGUGGCCUAAAGAGAAAAGCAAUGGUCCAAGAAAUGCUAGAGAUGUGAAGCUAAUAAGUGCUGGAAGAAUCCUAGAGAACAAUACAACCCUGGGCGAUUGUCGAAGCCCGUUAUGUGAUAUCCCUGGAGCCGUUAGGACCAUGCAUGUCGUCGUUCAACAACCGCCUCUUCCCCCUCCAGAUAAAGAAAAAAAGAAGGCGGUGGACAACAAUGGUUCGAGCAACAACGGGUGUGGUUGUGUUAUAUUGUGAGACAAGAAAAGUGAUGUUGGCAGUUGGAAGCAUCAACAGCCGAUUCUUGUGUUCAUAUAAAUAUGUCAAUUGUCAUAUGAUAUAGUAAUUACUACUUCUAUUACUACUACUGCCUUGAAAUCUAUUUUCCUUAUUUUCUGAGUGAAAGAAACUUUCAGUUCAUUUGAAGAUUGUCAGAAUAUAUAAGUGAAUUUCAUUC